AUGUUCCGUGUGUAUGCCAAGCGAUGGACAUCCCGAGUGGCCCGCUCCACAUAUUCUUCAGUAACACAAGGGUCUAAUGCAUGGUUCCAACGCCAUACCCGCUCAUUCACCGCUUGUGGGGUUUGGCGCCAGCAGCCACGGGAAGUGUAUCCGCGCUGGUCAUUGACGCCCGAACAAGGCCAAUGGGCUACCGUGAAUGAUAUUGUCAAAUAUGAUGCCGUUUUGCAAAAAGGCGAAAAAGCGAGUCAGGUGUUCACUUUAACGGGCCGCAUCCGAUCCAAGCGUGAAUCGAGUGCCAAGCUCAUUUUUUACGAUGUCGUUCAGGAUGGACAGACAAUUCAAGUACUAGCCUCUCGUGGCCGUUUCGAAGGCUCCCCAGACCAAUUUGCGGCCGCCAAUCGCGAAUUAUGCCGAGGCGAUAUUGUGUCGUUCACCGGUGUACCUGGAAAAACCAACCACGGUCAAUUGAGUAUGUUUGUUACCCAAGGCAUGAAAGUGCUCACGCCUUGUCUUCGUGAUAUCCCACGCUCAGGUUUAAAGGAUCCUGAAAAAAGAUUUCGUCAACGACAUCUUGAUAUGCUCGUCAAUCCAGAAUCCGUGGAAAUUCUACGUACACGUACCAAGAUUAUUCGAUUUAUUCGUCAAUUCUUGGAUCAGCGUGGAUUCUACGAAGUCGAGACGCCCGUGUUAUCAGCGACUGCAGGCGGUGCCAAUGCCCGACCGUUUAUGACUCACGCCCAUGCCCUCGGCAUGGAUAUGCAGUUACGUAUUGCACCGGAGCUCUACUUAAAGCAAUUGGUCAUCGGCGGCAUGGAUCGAGUGUAUGAGAUUGGCAAACAAUUUCGAAACGAGGGAAUCGAUGCCGACCAUAAUCCCGAGUUCACGACCUGUGAGUUCUAUCAAGCGUACGGCAAUUUGGAAUCACUUUUCAAAGAUACAGAAACCAUGGUUUCAGAACUCGUGCGACACAUUCGCGGCAGCACCACAUUAACAUUGGACGGUGGCAAAUCUGUCGACUUUUCACCGCCGUUCCGUCGAAUCAAUGUCUUGGAAUAUUUGGAAGCGAAGCUCAACGUAUCGUUGGAUAACCUCGAAACUCAAGAGGCCCCUCAGCGAUUAUUAGAACUGUGCAAGCAACAUCGUAUCCAUGUGACUGGAGCGAUCACCACCAGUCGUAUCCUGGAUAAACUCAUUUCUCAUUUUAUCGAGCCGCAGUGUACCCAGCCCACAUUUUUGUUCGGUCACCCAUUAGCACUGAGUCCGCUGGCGAAAUCGGCGGUCGAUGAAAAGGGUCGUCUUGUUGCUGCUCGGUUUGAACUGUUUGUUGAUGGCAAGGAAAUUGUGAAUGCUUAUGAAGAAUUGAAUGAACCCAAGGAACAACGGUUACGUUUUGAACAGCAAGUGCGAGAUCGACAGCAAGGCGAUCUGGAAGCACCGAUACCCGACAUGGCGUUUUGUGAUGCUUUGGAGUACGGAUUACCUCCUACGGCAGGAUGGGGCAUGGGCAUCGAUCGUGUUGUCCAACUUUUGACCGGGACAAAUCACAUUAGAGAAGUCUUGGCCUUCCCCAUCAUGAGACCCCUUUCAACAGAAAAUGAUUCCUCCUCCACUUAG